GAAGUGUGAAAUGUGUAUGAGAGUCUCCGCUUAAUCAAGGCUCGUCUGACUCAUCAUCAUCUCACAACGAACGAGUAAAAUAAUAAUUCGUGAGAGAAAAACAAAAAAACACUCUUUUGGUUUUGAGAUUCUUUGGAACCAACCAUAUAUCAUCAACCCAACAUGGAGACUCGUCACAUAAUUCCUGCUACCAUCACACAGCAGCAACCACUCAUAUCUAUAAGACCUAUCUCAGCGAAAGAUACUUACGCCCUACGACAGGCAGUGCUUUGGCCCAACAAGCCGUUGACUUACGUGCAGCUACCCGACGACAUCUUCGGUCAGCAUUUCGGAGCAUUCGUCUCCAAUGGCGAUAACAGCGACGCCAACAAUAAUGGCGAAGACAGCUGCGACAGCCGCGACGGUAAACAAUAUUCCGGAGAACUAUUAGUGAGCAUCAUCUCGCUAUUCGAUGAUGGUAGUGGCGCGGCACGGUUUCGCAAAUUCGCCACCGCGCAGCUGUGGCAGGGCAAAGGCGUGGGGUCCGCCCUGUUGAGCUACACCAUCGAGGCGGCCGCUAGAAAAGGUGCCACGAGUAUCUGGUGCGACGCUCGACAGAGCGCCCUGGGUUUUUAUCAGCGCUUCGGCAUGAGCGGUGAGGGCGAGGUCUUCUUCAAGGGCGAGGUGCCUUACCUUCGUAUGUCGAGGGCUCUACCCUAAAAACCCUCUUCUUCGGCUCCGGUCUGGCUUGCGUUUGGGUCGGCAGAGCAGCAGCAGGCUGCAGGGGUGCCAUUAAAAGCAGAGGAGAGGAGAAGAGUUCUAUGUCAGUACACUAUGUAUU